AUGAAAUUCGCAGCUCCUCUGAGCGCGCUGCUCAUCAGCCUCUCACUAUGGAAGCCUUCCCUUGCAGCCGAGGACAGAUCUCCUGAGCGGGUAGGCCUGGGGUCGUACAAUGAGACGUGUCGGGAGAAGGCGCAUAUUGUUUUACCGCCGUUUGACGUGAUCUCGAAUUAUACAGCCGAGGAUGUUGAGAGGGUGAGGAGGGUUGAACGAAAUGAAACGGAUGAAGGGGUUUUGUUUAGAGAGGUUGUUGUUCCUUCUGAGCAUUGGUUUGGAAUCUGGUGGGAUACCCUGGACUCUGUGGCGUAUACAUACACUUACCAUGAUGUCUACGGGCGCGCCAUGAUCAUCUUCUGGAUCGUCGUCGUAGCUAUCGGCGUCUUGAAUCAUGCUAUUCUUCACAUCGCCAAUCUACAGUUGGUUCGCAACUACUCCCCCAAAUCCGGCGGUCGACUCUGGAACCUCUACAAUUGGGCACUCAACCGCAUAACCGUCCCAGCUUUUCUCGGAGACCGAUGCGCGCAGAAAGUCGGCUGGGGGACUGUCCCUCCUCAAAUCCAGUCAUGGACCUUGUUUGCUUUCCUCCUUCUCAAUAUUGCAUUAAGUAUCCUUGGAUACAAAAUCGUGCCAGUCAAUAUGUACUUUCCAUCGACGGCGAAACAGCUGCUUCGUUAUGUCUCGGACCGCACGGGUAUUAUAUCGUGGGCUAACUUCCCUGUUAUUUGGCUUUUUGGAAUGAGGAAUAACCUCCUCAUGUGGCUGACUGGCUGGGACUUUGGAACAUAUAACAAUUUUCAUCGGUGGGUUGCUCGAAUUGCAACUAUUCAAGCAAUCGUUCAUUCCAUUGGCUAUACCUGGCUGAUUGUGUUGGAGGGAGGUUGGGAGUAUUAUUUAUUCUGGUGGAACUAUAUGUUCUGGUGGGUUGGUGAAGUGGCAACUAUCGUCAUGUCUCUUCUAGUAGGGGCAUCAUUCUACUGGAUUCGGCGUCAGCAGUACGAACUAUUCUUGGUAGUACACAUCAUCAUGUCAAUCAUACUCCUCAUCACAAUGCUUGCGCACGUCUCUAUCUUCCAAGGCGAAUACGACGUAUUCUUCUGGGUCCCCUGCUUCAUCUGGGUCGGCGACCGUGUCAUGCGCGCUCUUCGAAUAGCAGCCUUCAACCCGAGGCUUUGGGAUACCUGGGCCACUUCCAUUUACCAUCCAUCCUCCAACAUCGUUAGACUUGUCGUUCCCUGGUCAAGCAGUCUGUACAAGCCAGCCCCGGGAACAUUUUACUACAUUCAUGUUCUCAACGGACCUCGAUGCUGGGAAAGUCACCCCUUUACCGUUGCAAUGGUCACAGAUGAAGGACAGCGGGGUUCAAAGCUCCUCGGCGAACAGGUUCCUCUGCUCGACGGCACAGUUGCUGAGCAAAGCUCGGAUCCAGUCGACUCACAGGAUAUACUCAGCGACUCUCGCACAAUGACAUUUUUGAUCCGUCCCUAUGACGGCUUCACCUCCAGACUCCGCGACACCGCAUCAGCAGUCUGGCCUAAAAACGUCCCUCAACGCGUCCUUAUUGACGGGCCAUACGGCCACACCCGUCCUCUCCAUCUCUUCGAUAACGUCACUUUCAUCGUCGGUGGAAGUGGCAUCGUCGUUCCUCUGUCAUAUCUCCAACUCCUCGCCGGCCCAACAGGCCCUCGGUCCGUGAAAAUUCACUGGGCUGUUCGCGAACCCGCCUUCGCACUCGAUGUCCUACAAACAGACAUUGCUGACGCUUUAGGGAGCACGAGCCUCAGCGUUGAGAUACAUCUUACGACACAUACGCCGCAGGAUGAACUAAGUGAGUGGCCGUCGCAGAUUACUUUGCACAGAGGUAGAAUAGAUGCUUCGGAUGUGGUGAGGAGGAGAAGUGAAGAGGUGAUGAGCGAGAGUCUUGCGAUUGUUGCGUGUGGACCGGCGCAGAUGGCGGACGAUGCAAGAAAGACAGUUGCUGAUUUGUUACGAAAUGGAGUUAUGAGGGUAGAGUAUUUUGAGGAGAGCUUUCAAUGGUGA